GACUUCCGACGAUCAGCUGGCAAGCUCCCUUUGGCCGAAAUGGGUUUAAUCACCGGAGUGUGUGCUUUCCUAUACCACCUGCCACAAAUUUACAAAUGGCUGCUGAAACCGUAUUACAUCACCUCCUUCUUCAUGACCGUCGCCUUCUUAGUGGUCCGAAAGGCUCCCGGUUUGUGCGAGCACCUGGCGACCCAGCGCGAGGACGGCAACUCGUGCGACUUCGACUGGAGAGAAGUGGAGAUUCUCAUGUUCCUCAGUGCCAUAGUGAUGAUGAAAAAUAGAAGAGCAAUCACCUUGGAGCAGCACAUUGGCAACUUGUUCAUGUUCAGCAAAGUGGCCAAUGUCAUCCUCUUUUUCAGGCUGGACAUUCGCCUCGGCAUCCUCUACGUCGCGCUGUGUGUCGCAUUUGUCAUGACAUGCAAGCCUCCUCUAUACAUGGGCCCAGAGUACAUCAAGUACUUUAGUGACAAGACCAUUGAUGAGGAGCUGCAGAAAGACAGACGUGUUACCUGGAUUGUUGAAUUCUACGCUAACUGGUCGUCUGACUGCCAGUCUUUUGCUCCAGUCUAUGCUGACCUUUCGCUCAAGUACAACUGUGCUGGGCUGAGGUUUGGGAAGGUGGAUAUUGGACGUUAUGGAGAGGUUACACAGAGGUACAACGUGAGCACAUCCCCUCUGUCCAAGCAGCUUCCCUCACUGGUGUUAUUCCAAGGUGGGCAGGAAGUUAUGAGGCGUCCAGCAGUGGACAGUAAAGGCAGAGCUGUUUCAUGGACUUUCAAUGAGGAGAACAUCAUCAGAGAGUUUGAUCUCAAUGAGCGCUUCCAGAAGUCCAAGAAGCUGAACAAGAGUCAUGGUUUGAAGGAAGAGCAGCACAGCUGCCGGCAAGAGGAGGCAGAGCCUGAUGUGGACGCUCAGGAGCAAAACUCAGAGAGCAAGAAAGACAAGUGAAGAUGGGGAAGUGUGGUUCACAGAUCUACUGUAUGUUUUUUUUUCUUAAAUGUUGACCUGCCUUGCAGUAUUUUUUAAAAAUCCCUAAUAAUAUAGAAUGUAAAGUACUUUAGAAUUUUGUGAGUGGAAAACGUGGGUCAGUGCACUGGUCUGUUUUGAAGUUGGCAGCCUAAUUGUGACCGUGCAAAACUAUUAAGCAUGGAUCAAGGGAGGUUUUUAUCAACUUAUUUAAAUAACUUUUUUUUUUGUAUGUUUGUUGGUUGUGUAACAUUUCACUACUGUGUAAACCCGUGCAACUAUACUAAUGUCCCAUCAUUCAAAAGCAAAUUUAAAAAUGCAUAAAUAACAUUCAGCACACAUUGCGGUCCAUCAGUUUGACCUUUUUAUUGUGAGAAGACAUCUUCAAAAAAUCUUUAAGGCCAUUUUGGAAAAGUCUUAAAUGUGUUACAGAUAUUUGUGAAACUCAUUCCAAUCCCACGAGCAAUAUUUAUUCUCACAACGAAGUAUUGUCAACAUACUCACAUAGGUUGGAAUUGUGCAGCAGGUGUCAUCCUUGGGCAUGAGCAGGAGGAAAGUAACACAGGUUCCUUAAUCUCUUCAUCAGCUGUUUGUGCCAUUAGUGAUGACUCCUCAAUUGUGAUCCCAGGGAAAGGGGGACAAAAGUCUCAUGUUUGCGCACCAGGGAAACAAUCAGCAUGAACAAGAAACACGUGCAUGAUGAAGACACUGCCUGGCAAAAUUGAAAAUGUCUAACAGUCCCCCUUGGGUUAAAAAAUAAAAUGUACACUUCCCAAGACAUGCUGAAUUCCUUCAGGUCCUUGAUAGAGGGGAUAACAAUUGAAUUUAAUUGUAACACCCAACUGGAACAAACAAACUCACAUAACCCGUAUUUGAUUCCUCCUCAACAUGGCUGUGGGUUUUCAAAAGUCACUUGUACCUUUACAGGCAUUGGAGUGUAAAUCAAAAAUCAGACCCGCUAUACACAAUGUCAGCAAG